AUCACCAAGUGGAACAUAGAGCAUGAAGCACGGAAUUUCGUAAUCCCGUCUCUCGCAAUCGCUUUGCCUUGGGAGAACCGCGGUGCGAUGACGUGAUCCGUGAAAGUGGGUGUGUCCGCGACGACUCAGUAACCGGCAUUCGUACACAUCGGAUUCGGAUUGUUCUACCUCCGUUGAUCAGUUCUAGUUUUCCCACCGAGCUAGGAAACUUCAGCUUGAAGAGGCUAAGAGAAACCUACGAGCGUUUCUGGCUCGUCCCUUGUCACGUCAUCGCUCAUCUUGAGGGUCUCGCGAAAUUUUCUGCUGAUCGCUACAUCGAGAAAAGAAAAAAAAAAAAACCAUGUCGCAGCAACAGUAUUAUCCAUUCAAGUGCACUCCGACUGUUUAUCCCGCUGAGCCGUUCGACGCGAACGCAGAUGCUGCUAUCUUACGUAAAGCGAUGAAAGGCUUUGGUACGGAUGAAAAGGCAAUCAUUGAUGUGAUCACGAAAAGAGGCAUAGUACAAAGACUAGAGAUUGCGGAGGCGUUUAAGACUCUCUAUGGAAAGGAUCUGAUUAACGAUCUGAAGAGCGAACUGACUGGGAAAUUGGAGGAUGUCAUCGUUGCUCUUAUGACUCCACUGCCACAUUAUUAUGCCAAAGAGCUGCACGACGCAGUGAGCGGCAUGGGUACGGACGAGGAAGCAAUCGUCGAGAUUUUGUGUACUCUCAGUAAUUAUGGCAUCCGUACGAUUGCCGCAUUUUACGAAAAUUUAUAUGGCAAAACGCUUGAAAGUGAUCUGAAGGGUGAUACAUCUGGUCAUUUCAAAAGAUUACUGGUGUCUCUCGUACAGGCAAACAGAGACGAAAAUCAAGGUAUCGAUCAUGCCCAAGCUGCUGCUGAUGCUCAAGCGUUAUUUGAAGCUGGCGAAAAGCAAUGGGGUACAGAUGAAUCGCAAUUCAAUGCGAUUUUAGUAUCGCGCAGCUAUCAACAACUGCGACAAACGUUUAUUGAGUAUGAGAAAAUAUCGGGGCAUGACAUAGAGGUUGCCAUAAAAAAGGAAUUUUCUGGCAGUAUCGAGAAAGGCCUGCUUGGAAUAGUAAAAUGUGUGAAGUCAAAGGUUGGAUUCUUUGCUGAACGUUUGUACACCAGUAUGCAUGGCAUAGGCACGAAGGAUCGGACGUUGAUCCGUAUCAUUGUAUCUCGAAGCGAAAUCGACUUGGGCGAUAUUAAAAAAGCAUUCGAGGAACGCUAUGGAAAAUCAUUGGAAAACUGGAUAGCUGGAGACACUUCUGGAGAUUACAAGAAGGCACUUCUUUCUCUGGUUUCCACAUAAUUUUGAUGAAGCAAUUACGGCUUACACAUACUUUGUCCUAUUUAUGCACGGUAAUUGUAUCUAUAAAAAGCAAUUUUUUUAUAUACGCCUACACAGAUUCCAACUUAAUAUCGCUUAGUGUUCUAAUAAGAAAUUAGAGAGAGAAGAGAUCGCAUUUUCAAAUACUACUUUCGUAAUACUUUUUUGUGUGUGUAAAAUCUCUAUUGCAUUUAUAUAGUAAAAUGUUUUAAUAUCCGGCGUUCCAAUCUUGUUCAUAAAAUAAUUACAUGUUUUUAAUAUAUAUACAUAUAUACUUUUUAUUAUGUUUUAUAAAUUUUUAUUUUUAUCAAGAAUUUAUAUAAAGAAAAAAUUAAAGAUAGAAAAAUAAAAAAAUUAUAUAAAGAAUCUCAUAAAUUAAAUAAAUAGAUAUAGGAGUAAGAAAUUGAUAGGAAUAAAAUCAAAGAAAACAUUCUA